AUGCCGAUGAUGCAAGAAUGCGACGUCGCUGUGCUCCUGCGCGCCUUCUACAUCGCCGCCUCCCUUCUUAUUCUCGCCAUCCACGCUCUUCCUGUUCUGCGCGCCCGCUUCCUGCCCUAUGGCUCGCGGGCAACGGGCACGAAGAAGCUGCACAGAGACCAGCAGCAACAGCAACCGAGUGCAUUUGUCCGCGCCCUCGACUACGCGGCUGCGCUGCAGGUGCCGCACAACUACUUCACCCACUUCUACCUGACCUCAGUUACCUGCUCGCUCUUCUGGGCUGUCUGGCACCCUCUAUGGCAGGCGCAGGCGCUGCAACAAGCUGUGUGGGCCCUCUUGCUGCUCCAGGGCGUGCGCCGCAUGCUCGAGUCUUUCGCCUACAUGUCGUCCAGCAAGAGCACCAUGUCAGUCGCCCACUGGUUUAUGGGCCUGGUCUUUUACCUCUCCAUCAACAUGGCCAUCUGGGUUGAGACGCCCGCCAACCACGUCAUUCAAUGGGCCCUCGUACCUGCCGUCGUUGUUGCACAGGUGCUGCAGCACUAUUACCACGCCUAUCUCUACCGUUUGCGCACUCAAAACACUGACUAUCAGCUGCCGUUGCAUCCUCUGUUCCCCAAUUUGCUUUGCCCCCAUUAUACCUGCGAGGUCGCCAUCUAUGCCCUCUUGUCCAUCAUUGCUGCUCCAAACGGUAGCAUACUAAAUCCGACCCUGGCCUGCGGAACCGUAUUUGUUGCUACCAAUCUCGGCGUAACGGCCGUGGGCACAAAGGAGUGGUAUGUCAAUAAGUUUGGGCUCCAUAGGGUCAGGUCGCGGAAAAGAAUGGUCCCUGGGUUAUGGUAG